UGCUGCUGCUGCUGCUGCUGCUGGCGAAUGCGGGGAACAACACCCCGGACAGCGUGUGAGAGAGAGAGAGAGUGAGAGAGUGAGAGUGAAAGAGUCUGGACGAGAGAGAUGGAAUGUGCCAUGCAUUGCGUCCCACUGGGGGCCAUGUGCCAAAGGUCCAGUCAAGAUGCCGAUCGCCACGCCCGCCGGCCCGCUUCGGGGUGGGCUAAAUUGGUCCUACGCACGCACGAAUGUACUUCGUACUACGUACCUACAUGCGAACCAAGGUAAACACACACACACACAGACGAUCCCAAGGGCCUUACUGAUGUCUCGCCCUUGGAGAUGAGGGGACCCGACCCCGGGGAGGCCAGCGUCGUACCGGUCAUGCUAUGCACCUCCGAUGGACGUCGUGGUUCGUGCGACUCGUUAUAAUAAACAACAAAUCUCCUCCUCCUUCUCCUGCUCCUCCUCCUCCCCUCCGUCUGCCCUCCCCCCCAGCAGUAGCCCGCAAGUCUUGCCGCGAGCCUCGCCCUCUCCCCCGCCCUCUCUCUGUACACACGCACAGGAAGGCCGAGAGUCCUGUACAUAAAGAGCGCCGCGCCGCCCGGUCGACCUCUGACCUGCUUGGAUCGUCACCGUCAUCAUCAUCAUCAUGAAGUGGUCGUCGAAGCUCCUGGCCCUCGCGGCCCUGCCAAUGGCGCUGGUGGCGGCGGACGGCGACGACGCCUCCGCCUCCAGCAGCAAGCCCAAGCCGGACAAGGACGGCAAGUACUGGAUCCACGGCGACGGCAUCUCGGCCGCCUUCAUCCCCUACGGCGCGUCCGUGACCAACAUCCUCUUCAAGGACCAAUACGGCAUCGAGCGCGACCUGGUCGCCGGCUUCGACAACGCCACCUACUACGGCGUCGACAAGCAGCACCCGCACUUUGGCGGCGUCCCCGGCCGCUACGCCAACCGCAUCAAGAACAGCACCUUUGAGAUUGACGGCAAGAAGUACAAGGUCAAGGCCAACGAGAACCCCACCAAGGAGCACCCGGACGGCCUCGACACGCUGCACGGCGGGCCCGACGGCUGGGACUGGCGCAACUUCACCGUCCUCGCCUACACCAAGAACAGCAUCACCUUCCAGAUCGUCGACCCAGACGGCAAGGAGGGCUUCCCCGGCGAGGUCGUCUCCUGGGCCACCUACACCCUCAACGGCCGCGACUGGGACUUCAAGCUCGUCGCCCUGUCCACCACCAAGAAGACCCCCAUCAUGCUGAGCAGCCACACGUACUGGAACCUCGACGGCUUCGCCAACAACGAGACCAACACGGCCCUCAACCACACCCUGCACCUGCCCUACAGCGGCCAGCGAGUCGGCGUCGACAACAUCCUCAUCCCCACCGGCGACAUCCUCGCCAACGCCAAGGGCUCCGUCAACGACUUUUGGAGCAAGCCCAAGCAGCUGGGCGCCUCCUUUGGCGACAAGGACAUUGUCAACAACUGCGGCUUCAACUGCACCGGCUAUGACAACUGCUACACCAUCAACCGCCAGAGCCUCAGCCCCUACGACUGGCGGACCUCUGGCCCCGUAGCGACCCUCUCGUCCGAGUGGUCCGGCAUCCAGCUCGACAUCUUCACCGACCAGGACGCCUUCCAGGUCUACGGAUGCCAGGGCCAGAACGGCAGCAUGGCGCUCAAGAAGACGCAGGGCGUCAAGACGUCCCGCAACGGCAAGGACUUCCCGCGCACCAUCGCAAAGUACGGCUGCGUCGUCCUCGAGGUCCAGGACUACAUCGACGGCAUCAACCACCCCGAGUGGAUGCGCAAGCAGAUCUGGGGCCCCGAGGACGGGCCCUACGUCCUGCAGGCCAAGUACAGGUUCAGCCUGACGUCGGAGCACAAGAACAAGUGCGACAAGUAGACGACGCGCCGUCACCAGGUGUGGGGCUAUUUAAUAUUGUUGUUAUCACCUGCUUGGCUGCGGCCGCUGCCUGUCAGCCUGCCAGCCAGCCUGCCGCCGUCGACGAUUUUUUGUUAGCGCGCGCGCCCGCGAAAGGGAGGGACGGUCCAUAGUGGUGUUUUGCUACGCGGCCGGCGUGGUGGGUACAUAAUGCUUCAGACGUCAUGAUAGGCUUCUCGGUAAUGAUUGACAUGCGCCGCUUCCUGACGACAAAGUCUCGGGCGAGCACUUAUAAAAAUAAAGAGAAUUGGCCA